ACAGGGCUAGCACGUCAAAGUUCAAAAUGGCUAUCUGUAGGUCGGUUGAUGCUGAUGAGAUCGUUGAGGUGCCUGAUGAGGGGUGGAGCCUGGGCGAGGAGAAAUCAGCAGCCGGCAGCUCCCUCGCCUUGAUUGUAGAGUCGCAGGAGAAAAUGGAGCCUAGCAAGAUGGCGCCUCUCAAGAACGCUCCUAGAGAUGCCUUGGUGAUGGCACAGAUCCUGAAGGAUAUGGGAAUCACCGAUUAUGAGCCAAGGGUUAUAAAUCAAAUGUUGGAAUUUGCUUUCCGAUAUGUGACUACUAUUCUGGAUGACGCAAAAAUUUAUUCAAGUCAUGCUAAGAAACCUACUGUUGAUGCAGAUGAUGUGAGACUGGCAAUCCAGUGUCGGGCUGACCAGUCUUUUACCUCGCCUCCCCCAAGAGAUUUUUUACUAGAUAUUGCACGGCAGAAAAAUCAAACCCCUUUGCCACUGAUUAAGCCAUAUGCAGGACCUAGACUGCCGCCUGACAGAUACUGCCUAACAGCUCCCAACUACAGACUGAAGUCCUUAAUUAAAAAGGGACCUAACCAAGGAAGACUAGUUCCUAGAUUAAGUGCUGUUAGUAGCAGACCUACUACUCCUACUGCAGCACCCCCACAAACAGUAUCUGUCCCACCAAAUAAAGUUCCAACUCCAGUGACAGUGACAAGCCAAAGAUUUGCAAUGCAGAUUCCACCUUCUCAGUCCGCACCUGCCAAACCAGCUCCUGCAACGACGGCAGUCCAAAAUGUUCUGAUUAAUCCUUCAAUGAUUGGGUCCAAAAAUAUUCUCAUUACCACCAAUAUGGUUUCCUCACAGAACACAGCCAGUGACUCAAACCCACUGAAGAGGAAGCAUGAUGAUGACGAUGAUGAUGAUACUAUGUAAGGAAUAAAGUCUGUUCUCCAUCCAUUAAAAGUUGAGUGCGUUUGGGCCCACAUGGUGGACCAGACAGCCUAGGUCUUCAUACAUUUUAUCUUAGAAAUAAAUAUAGUGACAAUAUUUUUCACAGUAGUGAUACCUGGUAGGUUUUGUUAACUGUACAAAUGUUUUCUGAGUAGGCUUCAGGUAUACAAGUACUUGUUUCUAGACAGCUUCAUUAAUGUUGAGUCUCGCCAUGGCAAUUCUAUUUUUAGAAGCAGUUUUGCGCCAUGAGUCUCUGACAGCAGCACUUGGAUUUCAGUUCCUGGUCUCCUUUACAUGACUUUCUUUUGUUAGGUGAACGAUUCACAUUAUCACCUCUUUGACUGACCAAAUCUCUGAAAUUAGUAAACUUUUGAUUUGAAACAGUGGGUUUAGAAGGGUGCUAAAUCCAUUUUGAAUGUAUUUGGGUUUCGGUCUUUGCUAACGCCCCACCUCAGCUCCCUAUCUAGAUCCCAUCCGUUUCCUGUCCCCACCGCUCACCGCCUUAAGUCACUCGCCAUGGCACUUGCAUGUAAAAGGCUGGAACUGGAAUUUGUCAGACGCCCUGUAUGCCUGACAUUCUGUAGUUCACUUGAACCUGAGUGUCUGCAUUUGCAACUUGUCACUCCACUAACAGGGCAGCUGGGUCUCAGCCCUUGCCUUCCAUGCCUCUUAAGCUUUACUCAGUGACAGGCAGUUACAUUCCCAGGUAACUUCACCAUCUUUCAUGUUUAUAAUUUAACAGACAUAACACGAAACCUGCCUUGGUAAUUUACACUGGACCCAGACAAAAAUCACUGAAGAGCAAGUGUUUUUGUUUGUUUUCUUCCCACCUGCAUAGACGCCUUGGUCACUACUGCUUGAAGCAGUCCACUGGUCUCAUUCAGAUCCUCUUUCUAGCUUGCUGCUGAGGGUGUCAACGGGAGAUGGGUAGAUCUAGCCUGAGAGUAGUCUAAUGAUCCUCCUUCCCCAUCAGGCCACCAGGAAAAACAGACUACUGUCACCUGACUCAUUUACACAUGCCCUACAGGAAUUCUCCAACCAUGUUUCUAGACACUUUCUAUCUUGUUUUUAUACAUACCUACAAGACUCAUCGGGAAAGACUGCAGACGCUUUUUUGAGAGUAUAAAAAGAACUGUUUGAUUUGGUUGGAGUUAAGUUCCACAUGGCCAACACUGGAAAAAUGUAAGCAGAGCUUUCCAGAACCUUCACAUUAUUUAGAUUUUAUAGCCGUGGGUCAUCAAAUAAGUGCAUAGGAUGGUGUUUGACACAAGAAAAGUAGUACAGUAACAAGACAGAAAUGUCUCAUCACAGUUGGAAUGUUCAGGAAUGUUCGGGAAAGUUGAUCUGGUCAAUGUCAUGAGAAACGUGCAUUCUACAGCACGGAUGACUACUUGAAUGUUCUCAGGGAAGCAGAUCGGGUGGCCUAGGUUCUAGUGCUAGUUUCAUUUGCCAACCAUGUGACCUUACUUUACCUCUGAGCCUUGUUCUCACUAGUAAUAGGGAAAGAAAUAACACCUACCCUGCCUACCUCACAGGGAUGUUGUGAGGGUUUGGCUGGUGUGUGUCUCUGUGUGUGCGUGUCUGUGUGAGAAAGUUCAAGAUUGUAAAAGCUAUAUAAGUAAUUAUUAAUGUAUUUGUUCCAAGGUUAUUAAUAAAAAUCUAACUUUA